AUGGAGCCUGCAGCUGUAUCACCCUCGCGCCCGCAUUCAGCCGAUGACUCGGCCCCGACCGUGGAGAGCUCAGACAUAUCUAGUUCAGAAGAGCAUAGCAACCCAGAGGUAGAGAUUGCCCCUCAUAUGAUUGUGCGCUUGAUUCAGUGUCAGCACUGCUCAAAACCUCUGCGCAACCCUUGCCGAUUACCAUGCGGUAAUACUGUGUGUCGGGAAUGUUUGCCACAUGCUAGACCGCGUACUGGGAUUACGUACCCAGUGGCUCCCGGUAGACAUGAGGGCUUUACAUGUUACUGGGAAGGGAAACGAGGAUGCGUUGGCGAACAUUGUGUUGUCGAUUGCGGCACUGACAUCGUCCUUUGCUUUGUAGCUGGACUUUUUCAUGAGGAAUUCAUGCGGGUGCUAUCGGAUACCGACAAUCCGGACCCACGCCAUGAGGAUGAGCGAGUUAUUCGCUGGAGACCUGCAGCCACCCCUGUCUCAAAACUACAGAAUCUCCAAAUUGGUCACCGAGGAUGGCUCAAUGGAAUUUAUCAAUUUGCUCUCGAGGGUCGCGUUCCCUGCGACGCCACAGAUGUCUAUUACGAAGAACCCAGUGGUAGUACGUCGGAUGAAGACACGCAGACGCCCCAGGCUCUGGCACAAGAUGAUCGCAUCCGAUUUCAGAAGUUGAGAGAUAGACUCCGAGCAGAAGUAGACUGCCAGGUGUGCUAUUCUCUUAUACUAGACCCUAUGACUUUGCCUUGCGGUCAUACUUUUUGUCGAACAUGUAUUGCCCGAGUGGUGGACCACUCAGAUUUAUGUCCGAUAUGCCGUCGCAAAUUAGGCAUGCCUACUUCCAUUCAAUCGGAGCCAACAAACUGGGUACUCUCGAAAAUCAUUGAUCAAUUCUUUGCCGACCAAGUCAUCGCCCGACGAGAGGCCCUUGCGCAAGAUGAAUUAAGCAUGGAUCACGAUAGGAGGCUACCCCUUUUUGUCUGCACAUUGUCCUUCCCAACAAUGCCUACAUUUUUGCAUAUUUUUGAGCCCCGAUAUAGGCUGAUGAUUCGACGAGUGGUCGAAAGCGGGGAUGGUAAGUUUGGAAUGGUCAUGUAUAAUCGCCGGGGUCGGCCACAAGGUGAUGAGAUAGGCAGUGCGCCAUUCAUGCAAUUCGGUACACUGUUAAUGGUUGAACGCUACGAACUGCUUCCUGAUGGACGUAGUCUUGUCAUUGCGACAGGUGUAUCGCGAUUCAAAGUGCUCGAAGCAGACAUGCUGGAUGGAUAUCACAUUGCUAGGACGGAACGAGUGGAUGAUAUCUCGCUUGCAGAAGAGGAGAGACUGGAGGCGAUGGAGACUUCAACGCAUCAAAAUCCAUAUGCUUUGCCAGAGGAUGAUAUCGUUGAGCCGCCGUUGGACUCGAUGUCUACUCAAGAUCUGAUGCUCUUGACUCGAGAAUUUAUUCGCAAACAGCGCCAGUCGGGUGCACCAUGGCUUCACCCACGCGUGAUGUUGGCUUAUGGGCCUGUGCCCGUAGAUGCAGCUCGAUUUCCCUGGUGGUUUGCCAGUAUUUUACCAAUAGCCGAAGAAGAAAAGUACCCCAUCUUGUCCGCAACGAGCGUCCGAGAACGCUUAAAGAUUAGCGCACGAUGGACAAAAGAACUAGAGGCUCGAGACUGGUCAUCUCGCUCGUCUCUCAAUGCUGUCUUGUGA